AUGGAGUCUAUCAAGCAGGGUGCCAACUACGUCGCCGAGACCGUUCAGGGCGCUGUCUCUGGUGCUUCCAAGGAAGCCAACAAAGAGGUCGCCAAAGACCCCAACGCCCCCGUCGGCACCCGCAUGAGUGCCGCCAAGGAUGCUCUUGGUGACAAGACCGACGAGUCUAGCCACGACGCCAAGGCCGACGCCCACAAGGAGAUUGCCAAGAACUAA